AUGGCCGCGAUGAACUCGUUCAUCCAGGAGCUGCGCAAUCUGAGCAGCACCAGCAGUGCCAGCAGCAUCGACUCGGGCUUCACCGGGGACUCCAACGCGGGCAGUGGCCGGGCCACUGCCAACCAACCGCCGCAGGCGCAGCCCCAGCAACAGCUGGGCGCCAUCUGGGGCAACAAGUCACUCUGGGGUGGACCACCGCAGAGUCCACCUGCCAAGUCAUCGCCGGAAUCCGCCACAGGUAGUUAUGCUAGCAAAGAUUCCCCUCCACCUCCUCCGACGGGUUCCAAUCCGUGGGCCACGGCGGUCCUCGAUCCGUCCCAGCCGCAGCAGCCCCAAUCGCCCAGCUUUUCGCCGAGCAUUUGGGAAAACUCCACUCCAAAGGUCGCUUCCGCCGCAGCCACCGAGCAGCCGUCACUGGCAGCGUCCGGAGCGUCGCCACUCGGCUCGAUCUGGAUGAUUCCGGAGCAGCCGGAACCGUCGGCACGCAGCGUCUGGGGUGAGUCCACAAAGCUGCUCCGACCGAUGGAGGUUGGAAGCGGCAGUAAGUUGAGUUCGCUUUGGACGCCGAACGCAGCCACCGCACCACCGGCUGCGUCCGGUACGAACGUUCUUAAAUCGCUGCGACUGGCGGGAACGGUCGGUGCCGGAUCUGGAUCUAGCUCCAGCUUCGGGCUCGGGGGACUCACCACGACCCCCGCAACCCAGCAGCUCUUCUCGGACGAGUUUCUCAGUUAUCUUAAUAUCAACAAUUAG